CACAUGUUCACGCGUACUCGAAGACUCGACGUGUUUUCCCCACUUGAUCACUUUUGGAAGCAUUCACUCUCACACCUACACCCACACACCCACACCUGCAACCACACUAUCCCUCUAUCUAAUCCCCCCACACUCCUUACCACAACGUCAUCGUUAUCCCUACCUAUAACUGAUUGGAUCUAAGCUCUACAGUUAACAUCUAGUACAUGCUUCGUCGCUAGUAUAUCCAUCCGAGAUGUCUCGGGAUCGUGACCGUACCAUCGAGGUCCUCGACCUGACGCUCCUCUCUUCGCCUUCGCCUGAGCCAGAGUCACAUUCACGGUCACAUGCCCCACCCCGCCCUACAUCGUCGAAUGGUGUGAAACGAGAAAGCAGCUUCACUUCAGAGAGAAAGACCAAACCAGAGUCUCAUCGACAUCAGUCGUCCUCCAGACCUCCGUAUGCGCACUCCCCCUCUCGUGGCAAUCCGCCAACACCUGCAAUAAACCCACGUCAUCUGGAGGAUAUCAUUCACACAAGUAGUCAUCACGCUGUCAAGAAUGUUCUUGUUGAACUAUGCAAGCUUUCGCCCGCUCUUGCUGGUGCGGUUGUUCGAGGAUUAGCACCGCACUCUCCAAUUGGGCGAAACCUGAUGCGCACAGCACCCAGUCACUCCAGCGCGACGACUAUCAGACCAAAACGAGAAUUCCCAAACUCCUACAUCUCUACUGGCCUAAGGCAACCCCCGCCUCCCGAGGUAUCGGCGAUGCGCGCGGGAGGCAUGAAAAGAGAGCAAGGACUUGGAUCUACGGUGGGCAAUGCUGGCUCGGCAUCUAAUGGCAAGAAGUAUACAUGUCCAGAAGCGAUAUUGCUGCAGAAGGAUUUUGGUACGCCUCCUCCCAGGCGGGGUCCGAGUACGGCUUCAAAACCAUAUACUGGAGUCACGCCGCAUACUGCACCAUCGGGUGGCGGAGUUUCCCAUUCCGCGGGCCCACAAAGCCGCAAUAUUUCUGACAGGACGCCUUCGAUAAAACGAGACCAAUCGACUACAGGAAACUCAAAAAUAUGCAUUAUUUGCUGGGGAACAUUCACUGAAGCCACUCGCAAAGAGUGUCCGUACCACAAUGGACCCAAGGUCGUACAUGGACCACCCGGCGUUGCUUCUUGGGCAUGUUGUGGUCAGCGCACGCCUGAUGGCUGUCAAAGACGAGCUCACGUCGAUGAAGAGACCAUGAGGGCACACAACACGUCAAAGCGGCCAGCUUCAUUCUACGAAAAUUCUCCCUUCUUUGGUAACUACAAAAGUCCAAGACUUAGUUGAUGUCUUGUGUAACAUGGUACCUGCAGCAUGC